AUGUCACCGCCGGCCUCGAAACAGAAGCCUUCCGCAGCAGAGGAGUUCAUCCCACCCCCUUCCAGUGAGGAGGCCCCACCCACUUGGGCCGACAAGUGGGAGCUACUACCAGCGUUCUUGGAGGCUAGGGGCUUGGUGAAGCAGCAUAUUGAUAGUUUCAACUACUUCGUUACGACGGAGAUUAAAGAUAUCGUCCUGGCUGAGUCCAAUAGGCGUAUCACUAGUGAUGUCGACCCUAACUGGUUCUUAGAGUACCACGACGUCCGUGUGGGUGCCCCUAGCUAUCGUGGCGUGCUGCAGCAUGUUCAAACUACUCCUAUGAUGUGCCGUAUUAGGGAUAUGACGUACGCGAGUGACAUCCUGGUGGACAUCUCAUACGUUCGAGGGCGUGAAGUAGUGCGGAAGAAUGGCGUUUGUGUGGGACGUCUGCCGAUAAUGCUCCGCUCGAAGCUGUGCCGACUUCACGAUGCCACUACAGAGCAGAUGGAGAGGAUGCAGGAAUGCCCACACGACCCUGGUGGAUAUUUCAUCAUCAAGGGCACGGAGAAGGUGCUUCUGAUGCAGGAGCAGUUGAGCAACAAUCGAAUCAUCGUGGAGAUGGACCCGAAGAAAUUGGUCCAGGCUGUGGUCACCAGCUCCACAGCUGAUAACAAGUCACGAACGGUUGUGUGUUUCAAGUCGGAGCUGAGCGGACUGUUCGUGAAGCAUUCGGCCUUCACUGAGCUCAUACCGGCAGUCAUCAUGCUUAGGGCAAUGGGCAUGGAGUCUGAUCAAGAGAUAGUGCAAAUGGUGGGCACUGAGAAGUGUCAUGUCGAUGGUAUGAUCCUGAGUUUGCAAGACGCCCAUGCUACGGGGGUCUUCAGUCAGCAACAAGCCCUUGAGUACCUCGGAAAUAAGCUGAAAAUCAGAAUGUAUGCCGAUGGAAGCUUCAGCUCGGCCUUCGAUCAGGACAAGGGAGGUGCCACCAAACCUCUUGAUUUCAGUGGCAAGUGCAGAUUUCUGUGCCUCAUGAUGCGACGAGCCUUGGAUGCACGCAGCGACUCGACGCUUCUUGAUGAUCGCGACUACUACGGCAACAAACGUCUCGAGUUGGCCGGGCAGCUGAUCGCCCUUCUGUUCGAGGAUCUUUUCAAGAGCAUGAACACUGAGAUCAAGAAGUCUGUUGACAUGCGCCUUACCAAGUUCUUCCAGCAGACGUCUUCUGCGAGGGCGGGUCGGUCCACGGUUGGGCUUGACAGUGGCUAUCCGGACGUGCUACGUGAUAUAGACUCUGAGAGGAUCACAAGAGGCAUGAACAGGGCUAUCAGUUCGGGCAACUGGAACAUCAAACGUUUCCGAAUCGAUCGCUCGGGCGUUAGCCAGGUUCUCUCGCGGUUCUCCUUCAUUGCUGCAUUGGGGGCCAUGACUCGCGUUAAGUCCCAGUUCGAGAAGUCCCGUAAGCUGGCGGGGCCUCGAGCCUUGCAGCCCUCCCAGUGGGGUAUGCUGUGCCCUUCCGACACUCCUGAAGGUGAACAGUGCGGCCUUAUCAAGGCCUUGUCACUGUUGGCCCACGUCACUACACCCGACGAGGAAGGACCGAUACGACGUCUUUGCUAUUCCCUUGGUGUUGAGGAUGCAGCGGGGCUCACUGGUGAGGAACUUCAUUCAGCUGGCACCAUUACUGUGUUCCUCAAUGGUGCCCUGCUGGGCGUCCAUAGAAGGCCCCAGACUUUCAUGAGUGAUAUGAGAACGCUGCGUCGGCGGGGCAAAAUCGGGGAGUUCGUGUCGAUAUAUGAGCAUGAAGCACAGAGAGCUAUCAUUAUCGCGACAGACGGUGGUCGCCUCUGUCGACCCCUUAUUGUGGUGAAGAAGGGCAAGCCUAUGCUGAAGCCGGAGGUGCAUCUACGGAAGCUUAGGUCAGGGGAGCUUAGGUUUACUGACUUCCUGAGAUUGGGUAUAAUAGAAUGGGUCGAUGUGAAUGAGGAGAACAAUUCAUAUAUCGCUAUCAACCCUGAGGACGUCACGAUGGAGUCUACACAUCUAGAGAUCGAGCCCCUUACUCUGCUGGGAGCUGUGGCCGGCUUGGUCCCCUACCCCCACCACAACCAGUCCCCUCGUAACACAUACCAGUGCGCUAUGGGUAAACAGGCUAUGGGUAACAUCGCGUGUAACCAGCACCUUCGAACGGAUACUCAGCUGCUGCUGUUGACGUAUCCCCAACAGCCGAUGUGCAAGAGCCGAACCAUCGACCUUAUUGGUUACGAUAACCUCCCAGCUGGCCACAACGCUAGUGUGGCGGUUAUGAGCUAUUCGGGAUAUGAUAUUGAGGAUGCGCUGAUCAUGAACAAGGCUUCGAUCGAUAGAGGGUUCGGACGGUGCUGUGUUACCCGGAAAUAUGCAACACCACUGGCUCGGUCGGCCAUUGGUUCCAGUGAAGAGCUGCGAGCACCACCGGUGGUCGGUGGUGGGGGUAAGGGAGGAGGUCGUCAUCAGCGGCAAGGAGGGUCUGUUGCGGACAAACAUUGUUCCUGUAGGUAUGCUAUCAUUGAUGAGGACGGUCUGCCUUUCUCUGGAGAGCAAGUCGUUGAUGGUGGUAUUCUCAUCAACAAGGUGUCGCCUAUGAGCGAUGCUGCUACAGGGCAGGUCUCUCACUGGAGAGACACUCCGAUAUCAUACAAGAAUCCUGUGCCUUCAUAUGUGGAUAGAGUCAUUGCUACGGAGAACGAAGAUCAAGCUAAAAUAUUCAAGUGCAUCACCAGACAGACCCGACGACCCGAGCUGGGUGAUAAGUUCUCAAGUCGACACGGCCAGAAGGGUGUGGUUGGUCUUAUUGUGAACCAGGAGGACAUGCCUUUCGGCGAGAAGGGAUGGUGUCCAGAUCUGAUCAUGAACCCUCAUGGUUUCCCCAGUCGAAUGACUGUGGGAAAACUAUUGGAGUGUGUGUCUGGCAAAGCUGGCGUUCUCGAUGGUGAACGUUCGUAUGGUACGGCCUUUGGCGGGACAACUAAGGAGCACAUGACACAAUCCUUGAUCCGGCAUGGCUUCCAUCCUAGCGCUAAGGAGUAUAUCACAUCUGGCGUCACAGGGGAGGCUCUGGAGUGCUACAUUUUCGUGGGUCCGAUUUACUAUCAAAAACUGAAGCAUAUGGUUAUGGACAAGAUCCACGCUCGUUCCACCGGCCCCGUGAAUCAGCUCACUCGACAGCCUACUGAAGGAAGGGCGAAGGAUGGUGGCCUUCGUCUUGGAGAGAUGGAAAGGGAUUGCUUAGUGGCAUAUGGCGCCUCCAAUCUGUUGCUGGAGCGUCUUAUGCUCUCCAGUGAUGUCUUCACAGCUUCCGUGUGUCGACGUUGCGGCCUUUUAUCGUACCAAAACGGCACGUGCAAGUUGUGUGGUACGAGUGAGAACAUCGUCGAUAUACGUAUGCCGUACGCUUGCAAGCUGCUAUUCCAAGAACUGCAAGCUAUGAAUGUCUGUCCUCGACUGAAGGUCGAAUCUAGAUGACAACGACUACCAUUAUAGCC